AUGGUUUUCAUAACGCACAUUCUUGGCGUAGUUGCCAUCACCGUCUCCACUACUGCUGCCCAGUCUUACCCUAAUCAUGCCCCUAUCCACACGCGAAGCCAUGGCCAGCUACAGCAGAGGGGCGCACCUCCCAUGACCUGCGCAUGUUCUCCUGAUGACAUUUCGACAUCUGAUGCUCCUACUGCCUCGGUCAUUACGGUAACUGAGACAGAGACACGGAAUGCACCAUCGGGGCCAACGUCGACAAUUUUUGUCACGAUUUCGCCAUCGGGUUCAGUAAGCACUGUAACUCGUUAUGUCUCAGCCGGCACUACUAUCCCGGCCGAGACCAUAACCAUCACUGAGAGGAAGGACAGCUCUAUCGUGCAGCCUUCCAUUAUCACUGUCACUGCGACCCAGUCGCCGACAGGCAACAACUACCAUGUCAUUACCGUCACGGCAACUCAGGAGGUUCAUUCCACACUCACGCAAACAUCCAGUCAAACCAACGGUGAUCUAGGUGUCCCAACGGACAUCUCUACUCCCGUGGAGACACAUGACGCACCGAGCAGCCCUCCAACCACGGCAUCACCCACCGUUCCUGGCAACUACCAUUACUGUCAUCGGCGCACAUGCUACAACACCCGUGGCGACGUUGUUGCAACCCUGGCCCCCACGGCCACUGAAAUUCCGGGCUGCAAUGCUGAUGCUGUCUCCAUCGUGAUGGAGACCGUAUACAACACCGUCACACAAACCUUUUAUGGUGUCCCGACUGGAGGUGCUGGAAACUCAACUGGCCUUGGCUCUGGAUCCCACGUCAACUUGACGGCCACCUUGAUGGCUCGUGGGGCGCGUGUGCCAAGCGGUACUCUCGGGAAGCUGAGAAACUACUAUCACUGA